GUCGCAAGUAUUGUGACUGAACUGAGUGUCCCCUCACUCUCUUCCGGGUUCCGGCUGCGCACCUCUGGUGAUGCAGAAGCCGCUGCAGCUGGAUAUACUAAGGUCGCAAGUAUUGUGACUGAACUGAGUGUCCCCUCACUCUCUUCCGGGUUCCGGCUGCGCACCUCUGGUGAUGCAGAAGCCGCUGCAGCUGGAUAUGCUGGGGUGGGUAUUGUAUUGAGUGAACGAGUGGAAACUUCUCUGCCUGAUUGGAUACCCAUUGGUGGUCGCCUCUGUGCGGUUCGUUUAGCAACGUCUGUGAGAAAAUCUGGAGGAAGUGAGAUUCAUAGCAUCUUGUUUAUUGUGUCUGCUUACGCCGCAACUGACUGUAGCUCUGAAUCUGCCAAGGACAGUUUCAAUGACGCUCCAGAUGUCCUUCUACAGCAGGCUAAAAGCUCGUACAUCAUUGUGGUCGCUGGUGAUAUGAACGCCCAGAUGGUAUUCGGUGUUCAAAUUGUUGCUGGUGAGAGUCUUGUCGAUUUGGAGUACGCAGAUGAAAUCGCCCUCAUCUUUGAAGACCAAAGCAAAGCACACACCUUGUUGAACAAACUGACCGCCAUUAUGCCAUCUUUUGGCAUGCGCCUUGCACCUUCAAAGUGCAAAGCCGUGCUUCAGAACGUACCGUCUGCAAACAUAUCCCCUACAAUUCAAGGAGAAUCACUGGCAAUUGUUGAAAACUUUACAUGCCUCGGUAGUUGUAUUAGCUCUGAUGGAAGUGUGUCUGAUGAAUGUUAUUUGGACAAAAACGAUGUGGGUUCCGCUUCACCGUAUGUUGUCCCAGCGCAGUUGAUUCCGAACAUGCAGCUCCAAGGUCGUUUUCAAACAAUUUCCAUCUGUUUGUUGAAGCUCUACAUUUUCUGUAUGUGGAAUCUGCUCAUGUUCUACGAAGUUUGUAUCAAAAGACGGGAGCGGUGGAUUGGUUUGAAGGAUUUAAAGAUUGUGUAUGAGGGAGACGGUCUAGUCGUUGUUGACAAACACCCGGACCUGCUUAUUAACCAUCAAUGGCCCUGGGCGUAUUGUCUUUCCCUCCAGAUGCAGCUGUUCUUCAGUCGACUUUCCCGAGUCAGUUGGAAGUUAGGGAAUAUGUUCUACUUCGUUCAUCGGUUGGACUACGCAACAAGUGGACUGAUAUGCGUAGCAUAUGAUCAACAAACUGCUCGACUUCUGGGCAAAGCAUUCAGCUUAAAAGCUGUCGGCAAACAGUACUUGGCCCUUGUCUGGGGACAUGUGGGGCAGGACAGGCCAGUUUACAAUCCGACGUAUGUUACCACCGUUCGCCCCGAGGUCUAUCACAUCCACGUUCCGUUGGGUGAGAUUGAAUAUCGCUGGAAAUCUGGAAGAAAACAGACACUGACAACCACAACAGACCAGUUUGGAUGCCAGAACCUUCGAGAAUCUUCAACCAUCGCUGUGGUUCUGGAACACGGCCGUCUGUUCGAUCUGCCCGCGAGUCGUUUGUUGCUGAUACCUCACACUGGAAGACAUCAUCAGUUACGUGUACACUGUGCCUCAGUCCUAGGACAUCCAAUAGCCGGAGAUUUGAUCUACACAGAAUGGCCAUCCACCACCGAGGAUCGUUCACUUUUGCAAUCAGCAAAUCACCGACUUCCUCGAAUGAUGUUACAUGCUUACAAUUUGAAAUUUGAUCUGUCCAAUAUAUCGAGAAAAGCUACUUCAGGUAGACUACCUUUAUCGGGACCUACAACUCCCGGUGUUUUGAAUGUGUAUUCCAGUUCACAAAACCCCUUCAACGACAGUAAUAUCUUUUGGAAGGUUGAGAGGAAACUUUCUACUCUUGACCAAUGGUGGGAUGUAUAUAAUUAUUAAGUUGCAGAGGAU